AAAGUCGGGAGCUGGGCGGCGAUUGGGCCAGCCGUUGCUGCCUUCUACUGCCUCUUCUCCGGCGCCCGCUCGCCCUUCCCUUCCCGGCAGGAAUGAUAACUUGGGUGAACGUGAACGAAUAAAGCCACUUCUGCAAAUGUAGGGCAGAAGGCCAAUGGUGCAAACAGUAUGGCCCUAAUGAACGGACAGACCAGUAAUAUUAAUAUUGUAGCUACUGCUUCAGAGAAGAGUAGCAGCUCAGAAUCAUUGAGUGAUAAAGGUUCUACUGAAUUGAAGAAAAGUUUUGAUGCAGUAGUUUUUGAUGUUCUGAAAGUUACACCUGAGGAAUAUGCAGGCCAGAUUACACUCAUGGAUAUUCCUGUAUUUAAAGCUAUUCAACCAGAGGAACUGUCAAGCUGUGGUUGGAAUAAAAAGGAAAAAUAUAGUUCAGCACCAAACGCAGUUGCUUUUACAAGAAGAUUCAACCAUGUAAGCUUUUGGGUAGUUAGAGAGAUUCUUCAUGCACAGACAUUGAAAAUAAGAGCUGAAGUCCUAAGCCACUAUAUCAAAACUGCUAAGAAACUUUAUGAACUAAAUAAUUUACAUGCUCUUAUGGCUGUGGUUUCUGGAUUGCAAAGUGCCCCCAUCUUCAGGUUGACUAAAACAUGGGCGUUACUGAGCCGAAAAGACAAAGCUUCUUUUGACAAACUGGAAUACAUAAUGAGCAAAGAGGACAAUUAUAAAAGACUUAGAGACUAUAUUAGUAGCUUGAAGAUGACUCCUUGUAUUCCUUAUUUAGGUAUUUAUCUCUCAGACUUGACAUAUAUUGACUCAGCAUAUCCAUCAACAGGAAGUAUUCUGGAAAAUGAGCAGAGAUCAAACUUAAUGAAUAAUAUUCUUAGAAUAAUUUCAGACUUACAGCAAUCUUGUGAAUAUGAUAUUCCUGUGUUGCCGCAUGUUCAAAAGUACCUGAAUUCUGUUCAGUAUAUAGAGGAACUUCAGAAGUUUGUGGAAGAUGAUAAUUAUAAACUUUCAUUAAAAAUAGAACCUGGGACCAGUACCCCACGUGCCACUGCAUCACGUGAAGAUUUAGUUGGCCCUGAAGUGGGUGUUUCUCCCCAAACAGUGCGAAAGAAUGCUACUGCUGAAGGAGCAUUGCUACCACCAACUCCUCCAUCUCCUAGAAAACUGAUGCCUCAUGGGCAUAGAAAGUGUCACAGUUUGGGAUACAAUUUCAUUCAUAAAAUGAACACAGCAGAAUUUAAAAGUGCAACAUUCCCAAAUGCAGGACCAAGACAUCUUUUAGAUGAUAGUGUCAUGGAACCACAUGCUCCAUUACGGGGGCAGGCAGAGAGCUCCACCCUUUCCAGCGGAAUUUCAAUAGGUAGCAGUGAUGGUUCAGAGUUUAGUGAAGAAACUUCUUGGCCAGCAUUUGAAAGGAACAGAUUAUACCAUUCUCUUGGUCCGGUGACAAGAAUAGCACGAAAUGGCUAUUGGAGCCACAUGAAGGGCAGCAGUUCUGCAGAGUCUGAAGAUUUAGCUGUUCAUUUGUAUCCAGGAGCCGUUACUAUUCAAGGGGUUCUUAGAAGAAAAACUUUGUUGAAAGAGGGGAAGAAACCAACAGUAGCUUCUUGGACCAAAUACUGGGUGGCUCUAUGUGGAACACAGCUUUUCUACUAUGCUGCAAAGUCUUUGAAGGCUACAGAGAGAAAACAUUUCAAAUCUACACCAAGUAAGAAUGUGUCAGUAGUGGGUUGGAUGGUUAUGAUGGCUGAUGAUCCAGAUCAUCCGGAUCUUUUCUUACUCACAGAUUCUGAAAAAGGGAAUUCAUACAAGUUUCAAGCUGGUAACAGAAUGAAUGCAAUGCUGUGGUUCAAGCAUCUAAGUGCUGCUUGCCAAAGCAACAGACAACAGAGCUGGAGUGGGUGUGGCUUGCGCAUGAUACAUCCAGGGUGCCAGUUUGACACCCCUGAUCCAGAUCAUGGCUAACCCAAAGGUUCCUGCCAAUUUAAUGACUUUUGAGUGACCAGCUACUGCAGAAUUUGAUCCAAGAAUUUGCUUCAUCCACUUUUGAAUGCUAUUUCAUGGUUUGAGAAGUCCUGUUGAAGGCAUGCCAGCUAUACUUCUGACUAGGAAGUUCUGAAUAAAAGCACUAAGAUUUCAGGGAAUGGAAUGUGACAUGAACUACCGUGAGGCUUGCUGCUAUUCAAUAUUCUCUGAACUGACUUGUGGAAACCACUGCCUUAAAGAAUGAAAGGUUAUCCAACAUGAAACACCAAAUUUGUGUGUGUGUGUGUGUGUGUGUAAAACCUCUGAUGGUGCUGUGCUUAGGUUAAGUAGGUUGUAGCUAGUUUGUAUUUGUGUUUACUUUGUUACAUUUUAAUUUUAAAGCCCUGCUUUUUUCAGCUUUUCUUGUUGUAAAAGGAGUAUAUCUGAAACUUAAGGGUGUUUCAAGGGGUGUUUGUGCAAGGGGAUAGCCUGUGUUUUCUUGAAAAAUAUGCAGCUUAUAUCUGUGUCCCUCUGUAUUAGCUCUUGUGCUCAGCUAAUUGGGGACACAGUAUAAUUAGUUUAGCUUAGAAUGUAACAACUGUAAUAUAUGCAAAUUUAUCUUCUUUUUAUAAAGCACUGACUUUGCAGAAUUUGAUACUA